AUUUCUCCAAUACUCCCAUAAAAACUAUAUAAUGACCGGGUUCUGGAGAGUUCUUGGGCUCUCAGCGUUUUUUGAAGAGAAAGAAAGGGAUUUCUUUUCCUUUCUUUUUUUGCUCUUUCUCUUUUGAUCGCUUUCUUUCCACGGAAACUUCAAAUCAAUGCUAAGGUUUCUGUUACGGUUCACAAACAUGUAGUUUGAGUCGUGUUAUGAUUCUAGUUGAAUUUAUCUAAAACAAAAAAGGUUGUCUGUUGGGGCUUGGUUUGUUGUUGUUGGUGGUGUUUGGUUUGGUUUCAGAAUGUCAAAUGGAGGAGAGAAAAGUAAUGAUUUUUAUGCAGUUUUGGGGUUGAAUAAGGAAUGCACUCACUCAGAGCUCCGGGAUGCGUAUAAGAGACUUGCAAUGAGAUGGCACCCAGAUCGGUGUUCUGCCUCCGGGAAUUCAAAGUUCGUGGAAGAAGCCAAAAAUAAAUUCCAGGCAAUUCAGCAAGCAUAUGCUGUUCUCUCUGACGCAAAUAAGAGGUUUCUGUACGACGUUGGAGCCUAUGACAGCGAUGAUGACGAAAAUGGGAUGGGCGAUUUCUUGAAUGAAAUGUCAGUUAUGAUGAGCCAGACAAAGUCUAAUGAGAAUGGGGAGGAAACCUUUGAGGAAAUGCAGGAACUGUUUGAAGAAUUGUUUCAAGAUGACAUUGUUGAAGGAUUCGGAUCUGGUUGUCAAUCUACCACUCCCUGCUCUACAUCUUCCUCGUUUGUUUCUUAUGGAGAAAGUUCCGGCUCCAACAACCGGAAUUCCUCUGAAAUGAACUCGGGGGAGACAAACAUGGAGGGUUCUGGUUUCAACGCCCGUUUUCACAACUUCUGUCUAGGACCAGGUGGAGGGCAAGUAAGAUUUCAAGGCGAAGGGCAGAGGUGCAAGGGGAGGAAUUCAAGGAAGAAUAGGCGGUAAUGCUAGUAGUAACAGUAGACGGUGGCAUGACAGGAACCAAAAAGGUUUCAUCUGAGUGUGAUGUUUCCCUCACUGACUAUGGCAUUUCUGCUUCGUGAUAUACUCGAUUAAUCUAAAUUCAAUAUUUUUACCAUUUCGGCCUACGCACCAAAUUGACUUUGACAAGUUGGGUGAAGAAGAAAGGCAAAUUCUGUAGAGAGCACAGAAGAUGUAGCUGAAGCUUUCUGAUUAUAUAAUUUAAUGUGCCGAAGCGUUGGUGCCGCCGGUGUGGGAAGCCAAGAAAAUAUUGCAAGGGAAGUUUAAUUUCUUGGUUAAGCAAUAGAUUAGAGAUUAAUUUUUAGCCUAUAAUGGAUACAAAUUGGACACUAUCUACAUUUCAAAAUGUGUCUCUCACAAUCUGAACACCGAGCUUGUGGAAGUACUAUCUUAGCUUCAAUGUUAGUACUGUAAUAUGUUGUGUUGUUAUGUAGUUGUAGGUUUUUUAAUCUUCUAUAAUUUAAAAAAUAUAAAAAAUAUUAAUUAAA